AUGGAAAUAUCCAAAAUUUAUUUCUAAAAACUUUUGAAAGUAUAUCCAUUAAUAGGAAAUAAUAUUUUCCCUAAGGUAUCUAAAAAUUGUGCAUUUGUAAAUGUUCCUCCAAAUGAUUAAAUAAUAGGAAUUCCUAAUUCCGAUUUACACAUAUACGUCUCUUAUGCUAAUGAUAAUAAUGAUGCUAUCGCAAGUGCCACUUGUUGUGAGUAUUCUAAUGGAAAAACCGUUAGACCUAUUUUUGGAAUGGUUUAAUUUAACUUAUCAAACAUGAAAACAGAUAGUGGAGAUGCGGCAAUAUUUGAGAAUGAUUUGGAAACAACUAUUCAUGAAAUUUUACAUAUACUCGGUUUCUCAGUUUACGCAAUGUAAUUUUGGAUAGAUCCUGAUACUGGAAAAUCUUAUGGAACUAACUUUAAUGAUAAAUUGUUAAAAACAAAAAAUUACAGAGGAAUACAAACCACAAUUUUAGUUUCCAAAAAUGUAGUAGAAGUAACUAGAAAAUAUUAUAAUUGUCCUACAGUUGAAGGAAUGUAACUUGAAAAUGAAGGUAGUUUAGGUACAAUUAGUUCUCAUUGGGAAAAAACUGUUAUUUUUAAUGAAAUGAUGGUUGGAGAUGAUGUAUCUGAUAGUGUUUUAUCUAUAUUUACAAUUGCACUUUUGAAAGACACAGGUUUUUACACUGAAGUAAAUGAGAAUAUGGCAGAUAAUAUUUUCUGGGGAAAAGGAAAAGGUUGCGAUUUCUUAGAAAACGCUUGCUAAAGUACGAUUGAAUACCCUGAAUAUCCUAAAUAAAAUGAUUAAUUUUAAUGUACAUUUGAAUAUGAGGGAAUGGGUGUUGGCAAUUCUGUUGUAUUUUCAGACGGAUGUGCUUUAAUAAAAUUAUUUUUAUAUACAUUGUGUACAAAUCCUAAUAGUAUAACUAAUAAAGAUAUUAAACAAUAUGAACAGAGUAGAUUAUCUAAUUAUUCAACUCAAAGUAAAUGCUUUAAAUCUACAGCUAAAAAAUCAAAUUCUGUAUACAAUGAUACUUAAUUUAGAUGUCACUAAUUCAAAUGUUCCUCUGAUGCUUCUGAAAUAUCUGUUGUUUUCCCCGAGAUUGAUUUAAGUGUUUUAUGUGGAAAAGGAGAAUAAAAUAUAUAAAAGGAUAUCGAUCCAAGUGGCCAAAAAGCUUAAGGUAAAGUCACAUGUCCUUAAGAUUACGAAAGAUUUUGUAAUUAUACCCCUAUAUGUCCAAAUUUCUGUUCUGAAAAAGGAGUUUGUGUUAACGGUCAAUGCAUCUGCAAAUCCGGAUUCGGAGGAGUUGAUUGUUCUAUAAAUUGCUCCGGAGUAGUCGAUAAUGAAACUUGUAUACAAGGCCCAUGUCCUUAAGGUAAAUUUUUAAACACAGAUAAUACUUGCAAAUCAGAUUGUCCUUUAGGCUCAUUCGGAAGGGCUGACAAAUGUGAACCAUGUGAUAGUAGUUGUUCUAGAUGUACAGGACCGUCAUCUAAUGAGUGUACUUAAUGUUAGUUUAUGACAUUAUUGUAAGGAAAUUAGUGUGUAGAUAAAUGUAAUGAGAAAUAAGGAUAUUUUCCUAAUUAAACUUUGGGUAUUUGUGAAUACCUUUGGACAAAUAUUUGUUAUGGAAAUUGUAAAAUUUGUUAAAAAAAUAAUUAACAUUAGUGCGUUACUUGUAAUGAAGGUUUUUUUUAUUAUAAUGAUAGUAAGUAGUGUUUAAGUGAAUGUCCUUUGGGAUAUUUCGCAAACUAAGAAAAUUAAUUUUGUGAGAAGCUUUUAUUAGGAUGUCUUUAAUAAAAUAAUCCUAAUACAUGUUCUUAAUGUGAUACUGCUAAUGGAUUUAGAUUAGGUUUAGAUUAGAAAUGCACAUUGUGUUUUUCACCUUGCUCCUCAUGUAAUCCUGAUAGAUUAACAUAAUGUUUUGUUUGUGAGGGAAGUAAAUUAGUAAGUAUUGAUGGUAGUUGUGUAGAUGAAUGUCCUGAAGCUAGUUAUUAUUCUGAUAGAAGAAAAAAAUGCUAAAAAUGUUCUACAGGAUGUUAAAAAUGUAAUUAUAUUGGUUGCAAUGAAUGUUAUGAAGGUUAUUAUGUAUAUUAUGAAAAUAAAUCUUGCUUAUAAUGUGUUAAUAAAUAUCCUUAUUGCCAAUCUUGUGAUUAUCAUUAAUGUAAUAAAUGUAUAAAUGGAUAUUAAUUAAAUUAAACUAAAAAAUAAUGUAUAUAAAUAACUUCAGGGGGAUUAACUGAUGAAAUUACUGAAAAAUAAUGCCCUAAUUAAUGUGAGAAAUGCUCAUAACCUGGAGAAUGUUUAGAAUGCAAAGCUGGUUUUUAUGAAGAUAAAGCAAGUAAAUCAUGUGUUAAAUGCAGAAAUAAAUUCAGUAAUUGUUAUAAAUGUACUGAAACUAGUUGUAUUAAUUGCAUUUAAGGAUUUUAAUAUGAUGAGUUAUAAAAAUAAUGCUUAGAAAUCAAUAAUGUUGAUGAAACUACUGAAAUAGAAUGCCCUAAUGAAUGUAAAAAAUGUUCUAAAUCUAAAAUAUGCUUAGAAUGUUAAGAUGGUUUUUAUGAUUAUUCAGUUGAUAAUCCAACUAUUUAAACUAUAUAAUGUCUUAAGUGUACUAUUAAAUUCAGUAAAUGUAGUUCUUGUACUCCAAGUAUUUGUUUAAAAUGUUUUCCUGGAUAUGAAUAUUAUGAUUACGAAGAUAAAUGCAUUUAAGUUAAUAAAAAUGCUACUGAUUGCAAUGAAGGAUGUACUUUAUGUGGCUAAAAUAGUAUGUGCUUAAAAUGUAUGGAUGGUUUUUAUUAAGAUUUUUUAUAUGUAUAAGACUUUAAAUAUAAAAUUUGUUACGAAUGCAGUAUUAAAUUCAGUAAUUGUAUAAAAUGUGAUUCGAUUUAAUGCACUGACUGUAAUACCGGAUAUAAUUUAAAUAAUUCUUCAAAAUAAUGUGAAAUAAAUUAGCAUUCUAGAUUUUUAAAUUAGGUUUAAAGAAAUGAUUAAUGA